CACAACCAUUUGAACCAUUUGAAAAGGCGGAAAUACAGAUUGUUGGGCUACUGAUUUGUUUCGGUGUUUGAUGUUUCACACAAAUGUUCCCAACCUCAGGUUUUUUUCAGGAGUUGCUGUGCCCAGCCUUCAGUGAAGGGAACUGCGAUAGACCAUACUGCCAUUUCAAUCAUUUUGAUGGGCAAAGUGUUCCUGAGGAAAACGUACUAUCUAUAACGAAAUCAUGUAAGCCCUCUGUUGAUCCUGUAUAUAAACCGACCCCUAUCAGUGUUUUGGAAAAACGUACUGAAAAUUCACAAAACUACCUUGAUAUUGAAUGUAAUAAGAAUGCCACUUGUGUGCAAAGUGUUUAUGAAGAACCCAUUCCUGUUUAUCAACCAACUCCAAUAAGUGAAUUGGAAAAAUAUGCGCCUAAUUCCUUGUCUGAUUAUGGAUUUUCUAAGGGAUUUAUACCACAAGAUCAACCAUCAUAUUCUCCUGUGGUCAAGAUAAAAACAAUACCUUCGCCUUCUCCAUUUUUAUAUCAGCCUUCUCCUUCGGUUACAGAAUCAUCUGCCUCUUCGUAUGCUAAAGAAGUUAUUAACAUUAACGUAGACUCGGAUGAGGAUACUCCUUCUCCGACUGUCGCUCAGGAUAAUCCUGGUGACUUACGAACUGUAUCUGUGGCUAAAGGUGUCCAAAACUCACGAAAUGAUAAGCCGAAAACUAAUGGAUCACCUAAACAUAGUGAAAAAUCAAAGCGUAAAGUGAAGGUUUUCAAAAACAAAGAAAUAACCAUUCCCAAUGAACUAAAUGUCACAAAGACUAGUGACGAAAAGUCUGUGGAUAGUACAGACAAGGAUAAUGAAGAUGACAGCAAUUGCACACUUUCUAAACGUCAAAAAAUCUUAUCUCUUUAUCAAGACUUAUACGGUGAUAUUGAUAACGAUAGCUCGGUAGAUAAAAACAGUCUUCCCAAGAAUGCUUCAAAGUCUGCUACGCUUAUUCCACCGUACAUGAGUCCAGUUUUUAAAAAGCCUGAGACGGCAAGUAUAGAUAAGAAGAGCGAUAAUGUUAUUGCUUCAGGAAAUGUACAACAUGAAUAUGUUACAAGACCUCGUAUUCCACUACGCAAAAGUGACAAAAUUCCCAUGCCAAUUAGAACUCGCUAUUUGGACCAAUUUAUUGAAGAGUGCCUUUUAAUAUAUGACCAUCCCUCUGAUGCAUACAAGCGUGCUCUUGAAGAUGAACAAGCUUGUCAUGACAAAGCAGGUAGUCGAAUGGCAUAUUUAAAUGCUGUAAUCCAACGGCUAAAAUGUUUGAAAGCAGAAAAAAAAUCCAUACAAUUAGGUGAGAAAUCGAAAAUUUCAUCCAGUCUGACGGUAGUUACACGUCCUGCAAUCACUAGUUCACAUUUAUCUGCUUAUGAUUCAAAUAAUAAUGCUAAGAAAGAUGAUGCUGAGGAAAAACUUGACUGUUUAGUUAAAGGACCUCUUCUGUAUAGUCAAUUAACAUCUUAUUUAUUAUCGGAGGAAGAUUUGUUAGCAAAUGGUUAUCCUCUCGAAUUAGUAGAAAAUGACACAAUUAUUCGUGGGAAGGCUGCUCUGUGUUUACCAGAAAAUAAGAAUCAGUUAUAUGGUAAUUGUCAAUCUAACGAACGAGUAUGUUGUCGUUGUGGUACACGAUUUCUUGUUGAUGAAUAUGGAUACUCUUUAACUCAGGGCGAAUGCAUUUACCAUUGGGGUAAAGCUGUGAAACAACGAAAUCAAAAUACUAUCACGACUUCAUGUCAUCUUUUCAAAAUUUGUGAUAUUAAAUAUACAUUUUAUUAAGAUCUAAUAUAUGGAUCUAAUAUAUCUCACUUCACUUCUAAUAAGAUGGCGGUUUAUUGGCUAAAAUUAUUGAUGUUCAACCACUGAAUUUCAAGUUUUAAUCCUUUCAUGCCUACUUAUAGUCUAGACAGCCAAAUGGAGUAUGAUAUUUGUUAUCAUAGAUAAUUAUGACUCAAAGUCCCAGUGCACAAGCUUUUACUAGGUAAAUGGAAUCACUUUACCUUACUUCACUUCUCAUACAUGUUCAUAUUUUGUGUGUAUAUGACUUCACUGUUUUUGUUCUCCUUACAGGUUUUGGUCAAGGAUUUGAUUUACGAUAUUUAUGUUGUAAUGGUGAUAUUGGUCAACCAGGCUGUCAAAUCUGUCCUAAAGGUCAUGUUCACGAUGCUAAUAAAUGGUUAGAUAAUGAAGGUUUUGUUAUUACAUUGCCACCACUUCCAAAAUCACAAGAAUAUGAUGAAGAUAAUGACAAUAAUUCGAGUUGUAAUGUGUACGCUCUUGAUUGUGAAAUGGUUUAUACAACUGGUGGUUGCGAACUAGCUAGAAUUACUAUUAUCAAUCCAAAACUUCAAGUUAUUCUCGAUGAAUUUGUUUGUCCAGACAAUCCAAUUAUUGAUUGUAAUUCACGUUUUUCUGGUUUAAAAUUAGAAGAUAUAGAACAGGCAAAAUAUCAUAUUACUGAUAUUCAAGCAAAAUUAUUGCAUUUAUUCGAUUCGGAUACAAUAUUAAUUGGUCAUAGUUUAGAAAGUGAUUUAACUGCCCUUAAAUUGAUACAUAAGAAAAUUGUCGAUACUUCUAUUGUAUUUCCGCAUCGUUUAGGUUUACCAAAGAAACGAGCUUUAAGGAAUUUAGUUAGUGAAAUACUUCAACAAAUUAUACAACAAGAUGGUAAGUAGGUUUAUUGGUUUAUGUACUUGUUAAAAAUGCAACGGAUAACAUAAAUCUUACUAAUUUUGGCUCGUUCUUAAUCUGCUUUACGUUAAUGUGUUUAUUAUAACGAUGAGUCUUUUUUCAUUUUCUUUAAAAUAAACACUAGAUACCGUCCUUUGGUAUGAAUACACUUCACUAUCAUUAAACUACUGAGGUUUACUGUGACCAUUGACACAUUUGGGCCGACAACAAUUAAUUAUUUUUAUGCAACACCCGUUAUAAAUUUUUAUUCCGAUUGAUCUUUGAUGCAGCUUUCCUCUAGUUCGAACUUACAAAGCAAAUAUAACUUUUGUUAUACACUUAUUCAUUAUGACUCAAAACCCAUGAUAUUAUACAUCAUACACCUGGACACAGCAAUUAUGUGAGUGACCAUGCCAUAAGUGAAGGAAAAUUAAGUUAUGGGUUUGUAAACAAUGAAUACUAACUUAGGGAAGUGUGAUGUUUGUGUAUAAUAAUCAUUGCUGUAUAUAUUAUUGAUCUCUGAAUUAAAUUUACAAUAUGGUACCAUACACUGCUAUCACCGUACUCUAUCUUACUUAAGUGCUGGUCCAUUUAUGACCACUAAAGUGUGUAUUGAACAGACCUGUGAAUUACCAGUUCAUACAUUUUAUUUAUUGCUACCAUUUGUAUUUACCGUAGGAAAGUAAGACAUUUAACAAUAGUUUAUGCAUCAAGCGAAGUCAUAUAAUAUGGGGAAUAUAAAAAUACGAUAACUGCAAGAAAAUUUAAUAACUAUAAAUUAAAAUAAUAAAAGUACUCCCCGUAGGAUCAAAUUAUAUUUGAAAUGGAUUGGAAUAUCCGAUUGUUGAUAUUUUGAAUGAAAUUCGGUCAGUCUCGGUUGGCAUCCAUCUGUUCUAUAUCACCCUAUGUCAUAAUGACUGUUGAGGCCAAUCCGCACAGGAUGCCUAUACGCCAAGACUGAACAAAAUUUCAGUCAAAAUACCAACAAUAGGAUAACCUAGGCCAUUUCAGAUUAAAUUAAAUUUCAAACCGGUCACACAAGUUGAUGGUAGUCACUAGCUAAUUGGGUAGAGCGAUGCCGCUUGAAACAAACGGUCGAAUCCUGUGAUAAACAUCAACCUUAGGAUACAGGUACCUCCAGCUGGCAAGUCCCAGAUACGGCGAAACGCACGUCAUGAAUUCCCGAAGAAUAACCCUUCCUAAAUCCAUUCGGAUAUAAUAAUAGCGAUAAAGUUUCGAAUGAAAUCAUUAUUCAAGUAUAUGGUGUAUUGUAUUUACAAAGUGAGGUAUCUUGAUUUCUAUUUAUUUGACAAUUGUAGGUACAUAUUUUAUGGUAUUAAUGUAAAUAAUUUAUUUUCGUUACUUUUAAUGAAGAGAAUGGUCACAACAGUAUGGAGGAUGCUGUUGCCUGCAUGCAACUUGUUCAACACAAAGUCAAAGAAGAUUUACGUUGUGGAAAGUGGAAUUUUCCUUAAUAAAAUUUAUCUGUGAUUAUACAAUCAAAUAUAAACAUUUUUUGUUUAAUCCAAUUUUCUUAUUACCUUUCAAAAGACUUAUGCACUGAACUUUUCUAUAAAAAAAGACUUACUAAUUACAUUUGUUAUUGUAAAUAUUCACUAUAAGCCUGUAGUUAGGUAAAUAUAAAUACUGAUUUCAUACUUGAAAUUGGAAUUAUCCUUCCCAUUCCUCAUUGUUCUUCUCUUUUUAUUUUGUACUCUUCAGGUCAAUUUACACUGUGAUCGCUAAUAAUUAGGUGAAUACUCUUUGAUUAGUUUAUUUUGUUACAUCGUUUAACAAAAUUUAUUAGUUCUAACCAAAAAAGUGAGUUAUCACGUCUUUGAUAGUGAAAUGUAACCUUAGACAAUACUUUAUUGAAACUAUAAUUAGUUUAUUUGAUGCUAUAACAGCUCGAUUGAUCGGUAAGAUUAUCGGAAUGUAUAGGAUUACUGAAUGGAUGUUUUUCACAGGAGAAGGGUGUUAUAAAAACUGUUUAUAUUCAAAAUAUCUAAUAUAGUAUGAAUUAAUUGUUAUUUAAAUAAAUAAUCUAGGAUGAAUAUUUUAAAACAAUCAGCGCUUGUUCACUUUUUUCUGUCUUUAAAGAUCCAUUUUGAUAUAUACAAUUCAAGACAGAUACUACUCCGAUUAUUAGUUUGUCAAGGCUAGGCUGUUGUACAUUUGAAGUCAAACAUCUUUAAUUUAUGGAACUAAAUCUACGAGAUCCUAGUGUUACGUAAGAUUCGACUUUCAUCACUAGGCAUUACGUUUGAAUGUUGUCUGAAGAAAGCAUGUAUAUACUUGAUUAUAACAGUUGUUUAGUGUACUAUUUUCAGUCGAAGAUGAUAUUAUUUGAAAAAUUGGCCCAAGUACUUAAAUUUCCUGUUUUUGUUAACAUAAACUGACAUUUAUGUAAGUAGUAUAUGGCAAAAGUCAUUUUAUGUAAUGAUAUGAAUAAUAAUAUUCACGGCGGUUGAAAGACAGGAGCAACAAAACAAGAACAGGAUCAAUCUACAAAAUCAUUAUGCCACCCCAAGUCAUUCUUACCUUACCGGGUUCAUCGAGACCAGUGGCUGGAAACUUUGAGUGACGUGGUUAAAAUUGGUUACAGAAGCUUUCACUCUAUCUUACGUUAGGUUUUGUCUCUGUCAUUUCAUUUUUUAUUUUCUUGUUUUAUCCAUUCUUUUCGGACCAUACUUCUACUACCAUUGAUACUACUAUAACUUUGGAAACUUAACGACUCAUCUCGGUAUGUUAAUGUGAUUUGGCAACUUAAGUCGAUGCUUGUUUAUUGUGUUGGUUAGGACUGAUUGACCGGGUAAAUUCAAUUUCGUCCAAGUAAAUUUCGAACUGCUAUUUCUGACUCCGUAGAAGGAUUCUAAUAGUUUAGGAUGAAAUAAACAUUCAUAAGAAGUUAACAGACCAUACAUAGUCCGUAUCAAUGCAUGUGAAGUUAUAUUUGAUCGUACCGGUAAUCAGCAAAUGUGAAAAGGCUGAUAAAACACAGAGGAGAGACAAUAUGAGGGCACUGAAUAUUGAUAAGUGAGAGGAUUAUUAUGAUUAUAGGAACGGAUUUAGACUGAAGGCAUAUGAAUUAACAGUAAAUGCGAUUUUCUCGGUACCUUACCCCCUACUGAGCUGUGGAAUAUGAAAAAAAAACAACACCUGACCUGUGGAUUAUUAUUCACCAAAAGUACCACUAUAUACAUUUUAAAUGUAUAAUUCUAACAACCAGCGGAACAAGAAGCCAUCCGAAAAAGGCAGGAAAUACGCAAAUAUACAAUCACCGCGACAGACUAAUAUAGUGUCCAUUAAUAAGACUAAACAUGAUACAAACAGGCCGAAAGUAGUUUACAUGACUUAAAAAUCGGCAAGAGUUCAGCGAAAUUCCCAAAGGUAUACUGAACGAGGCUAUUACAGACUGCAGAAAGUCCACAUGAACAGAGCAGUAUUCUAGUCGCCAUAUUUCUUAACCUAGUGCCAUACAAACAAGGCUUGAUGGAUGAUCUGUCCUAUAUAAUCAAAUCCCGAUCGUUGUUGCUACGUUGACGUGGUGGUCGGGCUUGUCUGUCGUUGUGAGACAAACCGAGCUAUACUGGCUGGAAC